CAGAGCGUUAGCUGAUUAUAUACAGUUUUGUAUCCUCCCUGACUUUGUCACGCUAAAUGUGCGGGUGACAGCUUGGUAAACGGGUGUUGGUGGUCGUAACUCAAUAUCUUGGACUAUUUCUUUAACAUUUACAUCCACUGUUCUAUAUAUUUUGGUCUCUUUACCACGGUCCGUCCCGGUGCGAUGAGAAGGCAGCUGUCUCACACUAGUUUUCCAAAGAAGCGUCACUGGACGCGUCUCAAUAAUCCACUCUUUCACUGAGGCGCACUGCGCUGUGGCGCACCCUUCUCGCUGCUUCUGUUUCGGCAAGUUUGAGAAUCCAAUGCCCCGUUACUUUUAAAGGUAGGCCUAUUUACAACACGUUGUAUCGCACCUCGUUCUUUAUUCCGACAAGUGUGGACAAUUUUUUCAACAAUAAGAAGAUAAUCCUCAAACGCCCACCGGAGGGUUUCAGAAGACCAUGGAGACUAAUCCAAUACCCAUUUUGACUAUUCAAACUACCCCUUUCGAUGACCAAAGACCAGGAACAAACGGGCUACGAAAGAAGACAGCGGUUUUUGAAAAUAAAAAGAACUAUCUCCAAAACUACAUCCAAAGUGUCUUGUCCUCCAUCGACUUGAGGGACCGUCAAGGAUGCACUAUGGUCGUGGGCAACGAUGGAAGAUACUUCAGCCGAACUGCGACAGAAGUCAUCGUACAAAUGGCAGCUGCCAACGGGAUAGGACGUCUGGUCAUUGGACACAACGGGAUUCUGUCCACCCCAGCUGUCUCCUGCAUCAUCAGGAAGAUAAAAGCCAUAGGUGGGAUUGUCCUCACAGCAAGCCACAGUCCAGGAGGCCCAGGAGGAGACUUUGGCAUCAAAUUCAAUGUCGCCAACGGAGGACCUUCUCCUGACACUGUGAUGGAGAGGAUUCAUCAAGUGAGUCGCACGCUAGAGGAAUACGCCAUCUGUCCUGACCUCCACAUCGACCUGUCCCGCCUUGGCCGCCAUGACUUUGAUUUGGAGAACAAGUUUAAGCCCUUCAGAGUUGAAAUUGUGGAUUCUGUGGAGAUUUAUCUAAACAUGCUGCGUGGGAUUUUUGAUUUUGGGGCCAUCAAAAGUUUGCUAACAGGCCCAGAGCAGCUUAAAAUUCGGAUAGAUGCUAUGAAUGGAGUCAUGGGGCCCUAUGUCAGAAGAAUCCUAUGUGACGAGCUUGGGGCUCCAGCUAACUCUGCUGUUAACUGUGUCCCUCUGGAGGACUUUGGAGGCCAGCAUCCCAACCCUAACCCUGCUUUUGCCGGACCACUGGUGGACUCUAUGAAAGGGGGAGAGUUUGGCUUUGGGGCUGCUUUUGAUGCAGAUGGGGAUCGUUAUAUGAUUAUGGGUCGAAAUGGAUUCUUCGUGAGCCCAUCAGAUUCACUGGCAGUGAUGGCUGCAAACCUUUCCUGCAUCCCUUACUUCAGUCAGAGAGGGGUACGGGGAUUCGCUCGCAGUAUGCCAACCAGCAUGGCCAUUGACAGGGUUGCUAAGGCUAUGAAGGUAGCUCUGUAUGAAACUCCCACAGGCUGGAGAUUUUUUGGCAACUUGAUGGACUCCGGGAGAUGUUCCUUCUGCGGUGAGGAGAGCUUUGGAACAGGUUCAGACCAUAUUCGGGAUAAAGAUGGCCUUUGGUCGGUUCUGGUGUGGUUGUCCAUCAUGGCUGUGCGUAAGCAGGGGGUGGAGGAGAUAGUAAGAGAUCACUGGGCCAAAAUGGGACGCAACUACUUCUGCAGAUUUGACUAUGAAGGGGUGGAUGGCAGGAUGGCGUAUUACCUCAUGAGAGAUCUGGAGGCUGUUAUCACAGAUAAAACCUUCACCACUCAGAAAUUUGCUGUAGGCAGUAAUGUCUACAUUGUGGAGAAGGCUGAUAAUUUCGAGUAUAUUGACCCUGUGGAUGGAAGUGUAUCCAGAAAACAGGGCCUAAGGAUCAUAUUCACAGACUCCUCCCGAAUCAUCUUCAGACUGAGUGGAUCUGGAUCUGGAGGCGGGGCCACCAUCCGCAUCUAUGCUGAGAGCUACGAGAGAGAUCCAGAGAGACACAACAGAGAGACUCAGGUUGUGCUAGGCUCACUUAUUGCCAUUGCCCUAAAGAUCUCGAACGUCCACGAACGCACUGGACGCAGAGGCCCCAACGUCAUCACCUGAGACCAAUCCUGCACUGUACACCAGGGGCCAAGACAGGAGCCGUGCGAUAGCCUUCUUCUCAAGAUUUAAUCUUCACACUUUCCUCACACUUCAUCUGAUCCUUUUUUCCAUUUGCCUUUUCUGUUACUUCAACACCACAAAGAAUGUGCCUGCUUUUUGUUCUGCUGUUUCACCAUAAUUCCUCCCUUUUUAUUUUUUCCAUUUUGUCUUUACAAGGGCCCCUGUAAGGUUUUUACUUCUUUGCACAUAUUUACACUCAUGUAAACCACUACAAAAACCCAAAAGGGAGCAAAAGUGUUUUCUUCAUGCGGUUCUUUACCUUGUUCAAUACUUGGAUGACAGUGGGUUAGAAACACAACAUUAUGUCGAUCACUUGGGAUUUAAUACUUAAUAUUGAUUUAAAUUAGCUUGGUCUAAAUCCAAAACAUUAUGAAUUCAAGUGUGCUUUUGUUUACAAUGAAGAAAGUAUUAAAUAUAAUGAAUAAAAAAAUAAGGGAGCAAUGUUGUUCACUAUUUACUUAUUUUCCUGUGGAAUUAAUUUUAGAAAUGUAAUAAUAAUACAACCCAGCAGUGAACCACACCACUAAAAUUUUCAAGAUAAAGUGAAUGUUCCUUUUACAGUUUUACAUCCUCAAUUUGAAUCUGGUAACACUGGUUUUGAUUUGCAAACUUGUUCCACUUGGAUUGUUCUGUGUGAAAUGAACCAUUUUCACUUUUGGGUCCUAUCUGCCAUGUAGUUAAACAUAUCAUAAUGCUCGCCUUGUAUAUGUGAAAAUUACUUUGUCCAGCUCAAAGUUUUAUUUCAAAAUGGAAACAUUGUGCCACUAUGACAAUUACACUAAUAUAGGUUACAUGCAUUCCAUUAUGUGAUGAGUUUCAAGUAUAUUAUUAUUGUAAUUAUUCUUACUUGACACUGCUAGCAUUUAAAAUACAUGUUUUUGAGCUGAGACAUUAGUGUAAGGUAUUGCAUGUAGAGUUUAAGAGUGCAUUUUACAUAACAAUUUACUUUAAUUAAAGAUCCUAAAAAGGCAAGGAUAAAUUAUAUGGGGACUCAAAAGUGAAAAAAGAAUGGAAUUCACUGCUACUUUGAUAUAAGAGGGUAUUAAAGUAAAUAAAUGACCACGGCCUUAGCUGUAAUUAUUUUGUAUCCUAAAUCUGACAUAAAUAAACUUUAUCUUUUGUGUGUCCUG